AUGGUGGCGUUGUCGGAACAGCCCCACAGAAGUGUCCACGAGGAGCUGAGUAAAAAAUGCCAGAAGUGUGAUGAAAUGAACAUCCUGUCGACAUAUCGUCCAGCAGACAAAGACUAUGGUUUAAUGAAAAUAGAUGAACCAAGCCCUCCUUACCAUGGUAUAAUGGGUGAUGAUGAAAAUGCAUGUAGUGAUACAGAAACCACUGAAACCACGGUAUCAGAUAUCUUAGCUAAGAAAUUAGCUGCUGCUGAAGGCUUAAAGCCAAAAUAUUGGGUUCAGGAACAAGAAAGCAGUGGAGAGGAGGACCUCUUAGCUGAAGAAUGA